CACGUUGACAAAGUUAUAUUUCGUGCAGUUGUUACACACUUCUGCCAAAGCGUCUCUCUAUAUCGUGGUCUGUGCAUACCUAUUUCGCAGGACUCCACGACUUGCUGGCACUAUAUGGUUGACUCCACCAGCGAUUCUCCAGGGCCCGUUUCUUCUCCUACCGUCUCCUCAGUCCUCGGCAUAAAGGGGUCCCUUCGUUUUCGCCGGCAUGGUGCAAGUCAGAAGGCACACGUCGUCCUACGACGCGUAGAACUUUCAGAAGAGUCCGGAAAUGAUACUGGUAAAAGACCUGUAGCAUACUUUAGCCUUUUCGCACAGAAAAGAAUCGAGGUCAAGCCUGGCAAGGAGAUUUUACUAGCCGUAGCUUCCGAGGAUGGAUCUUUCACUGACCAAGCCGUCAUUUUCGAAGGAGAUCUUUUUGGUUCAGAUACACAAACCGAAACUGAACAAGAAACGCAAGAUAAUGUCGAACAUAUUGAGGUUCCAUUCGUCCCUCCAAAAAUGAGGAGAACCUGGAACAAGGCAUAUGAACAGGUGAGCGUAGUGCCAGAUAGCGCCCACCGCCCGCCACCGCCACCUGAGCGUGUAUCAGUGGGUAUCCAGGCUCAGCCAUCAUGGGCAGUGAGUUCGGUCCAGGCAAUUCCAACGUCUCCUGUUCAAAUCGGACAACACCUAUCACUUCCCGAGGAUAGAGAAGAUUUGAGUCUCGAUAUACGCCUGCCGGAUGUAGUGGGACUAUAUUCUGCUCCUCAAAAACUAUCUUUACCUCCUGCUCUUAAUGCUGCUAUAAUGGACGAAGAUCGUGAACGUAGCUUGUCACCAAUGAGUUUGGGCUCUCCGUCUAGCACUCCUCCUCAAUCCCCCAUUGUCGAGCGCAUACCAAAUGUUUUCAGAGUUCAAAGCCCUGUAACAGAACCUCCAAGAAGCUCUCAAGACAGCGGUAUGGACCUCUCAAGCGACUCACAAGAUGAGAAGCAGAUUGAAGAUGAUCUUCGCCACCCAGGGGAUACUAGCAGUUUGCCCGCAGAACCUAGCACUCCCACUUCUGAGACUGACAUGGAUCUUCAGUCCUCUCCUAGUUCUGCAUCUUCGUCGUCGUCUGAUAUACCUGGUCUUGUAACUGGUCUAUCAUGGCGCGCACCUGUGCCACCUCAUCGCCCCAUAGAACCUGGGCUGGAACAUGAACCAGGUUCACCCCCGAAAACAGUUCUUCCCUCUCUUCCCCCUGUACCACCCUUUGCACAGCCCUCUAUUCCUGAACGAAUACCUGCUUCUCCAAAAAAGUCUCCACCUUCUGCGGUGCCUCCUGCCGCCAAUAAACUUGUGACCCUGCCUCCAAGACUGACAAUAAGUGUUCCAAAGAAACCGGCGAUCGUCAAUCCAUUCGUUUCUGGUGGAUUUAUGACAGAGUUUGUUGGUUCGCCUGCAUCGCUUACUGCCCAAAAAUCGCUACCACCGAAGUCUCGCACCGGCUCACCGAACAUGUCGGAGGUACAGUCAACUCCUACGCCUAUCUCAACACCUGCACCCCCACGUCCCAAUCCUCCACUUCAAGCACCUACAUUCGUUCCUGCUUCUUGCACUGUAACCACUUCCCUGUCCCCUUGCGUACCUUCAUCUCAGUUUUCAAUAAAGCCUUCCUCCCCACCUCCAGCAGUACCUGCAAGACCACCUGCUCAAGAGCAACGUCUUACUGCAGCUCCCUUGCCUCCAACCCUUCCAUCUGUGCCUCAGCCACCACGAACUCAAGCAUACCCCAGUUCUCUUCCCCCUCGUCCGUCAGAAACUGUAAUCGCUUACUCCAAUAAGGUGCCAUACAAGCCCGGUUAUUCACCUUUAACGUCAGCCAGCGAUGCGAGAAUAUCCUAUAAUGCUACCGGAACAAUAUCCAAUCCUUUGAACAUUCGUCCUUCACGAUUUGCCCCACUCAAAGCUACUCCAAUCCAGUCUCAGCAUGUCCCAAAGAAACCGCUGACAAUUGGUAAUGGCUGGCCGCACACACGACAAGCUAACGGACAUGGCUCUACGUCUAUAUCCCCCGUGACAUCCAAGGCUUUACCGCCACCUACAGGUGCUCAUCGACCCCUCACGCCAGAGAGCACUCGCUCGUCAACGACACCCCCAGGUCUCUCAAAUUUUGUCGCAUAUACCUCCCCAUCUCCUCCUGGUUUUUUGCAUAGGUCGCUAAAGGAUAAGCCACCAACAGACUCUCCAUCCAGUUCCGGCGAGCCCAACAUCAAACACGAAUUCACGGAUAUUCCAUUACCACCCACGCCUACGACAACUGUGAAGCAGAAAAUCUCAAUACAGUCACCGAGACCUGUGUUGCCAGCUUCAGCCACGUCUCCCAGUAUUCUCCGAUUUUCCAGUCAGUCCAACAGUGCAACACCGCCGUCCGACAGCAAAGGCAAGAAACGGGCGAUGUCCACAGCGUCUGAUGCGGAAAGCACGCGUCCGCGGAAGCGUGCACAUCCCUGGCCCACACAAGAGAGCAUGUAUUCCACACGGAUCAAGAGUGAUAGCGAUGCUGGCGUCAGAGAGAUCGUUUUCAGCUCAGACGGUGAACGAAUGGCUGUCGUAUGUCAUGACCGAACGAUUCGAAUAUGGAGUGUAUCAAAUCGAGUCGAAACUGCCCGUCUUGCGCAAAACUCGCCGAUAUCAUCUGUUGCUUGGAUGACAGAUGACAAUGGUAUCAUCACGCUGGGACAAGAUGGUAUGAUCAGUAAAUGGACACGAAACAACCAGAAUCAUUGGCAAUGGGCGAAGCUCCUCGAUGCGGGGAAGGAGGAAUCCAUCAGUUUCACGUACAACAGGGAUCGCCUGGCUGUUGCGUUUCCCCGCUUCGGUGUGAGGGUGUGGCUAUGGAUCAAAGGCACAUGGCAACCGCAGCGGUCCAUUCUUCGACAGAAUGUGACGUGUAUCAAGUUCGUCGAGGACGGUGAGGCAUUACUUGGAGGCACUAGCGACGGCGUAUUGUGGUAUUGUCAAGUGCCCAAUGGGACCCUCCGAGCCUACGCAUUUCUUAAAGCUAAAAUACGACACCUGGACGUCAGUCCGAACGGAACUCAGGCACUUGUGUCUCAAGUGGGCGCUCGUGCUCAUCUUGUAGGCAUUCAAGGGAUGGAUCGCAAAGGCAAAAUCGAGCAGGUAUAUGCGAUGAACGGAGAUUCGACAAGUGACGCGAAACAAUCUACCCCUGCGGUGUUCGUCAACGGUGGUCGUUCUGUGGUGUUCCAUAGCAGAGAGUCUUCUUGUUUGGUCUGGAACAAAAUGAAAGGCGAGGUCUUGAGUGGUUUGGAUCAUGGAGAUGGUGAGUCAAUUGGCUUUGACCGUGCAUCCCAUUCAUACAUCGUCACGGGAACUGCACAAGGCCUUUUGUCGUGGUGGAACUCCCCUCCCGAUCAGUGACUUUAGGUAAGAACUUACAGUACUACUUUUAGCGUACUUGCUCAUCAGGAACAUUGUCUCCGUGUCAAGCAACCUUCUUGAUUGAUUGGGUGAAACAUGCUAAUCAUUCCUAAAUUCCCUCUGGAAGGAUGCGAUGUACCAGUACUUUGCAUGUGCAACCUGUCUAAAUUAUGAUAUGAGCAUUCUAUAAUUUCUGUAUGGACAAUAUGCAACUACUAUUCGUUGUGGUGAUUUUAGGAUAAUUGAUUUGGAACCUGGACAACGAGAACAGAUAAGUUUUCCAAGUUAGACACCC